ACCUGUGGGGGAUCCACUAAUUGCCUAGGUUGAUGCUUUCUAGGAAAGUCUGUAAGACGGUCGCUGAGGGUAUUUGAAGUGCUCGUUAUCUCUCUCCUUCGUUCGCUUCUUUAGUUCCCUUUGUUCAUUUUGGACCGAUCCUAAUCAUCACUGCUGUAUUCGAUCGAAUUUCGAUAUAUAUACAUGAAGGCUCCAUAGAUUGUCUCACCUUCCCAAGUUUCAUAGACAAUCCCAAACCACCGGGUCAUCCAAUCAAUAUUCCUCCACCGACAUCUCAAGCGAUAAUGGGUUCCGUGGUUGAUCCCCCCCACGGCACCUCGCCAACCCUCGCCCUCGUCCACCCAACAGAGGAAGAAAAACUCAUCCAACUCAACCUCAACGGCUCCGAAUGGAAGGGCGCCCUCUCGCUGCCUGUCUAUCUCCGCCGCGAGGAGGUCCUGUCGUCGCAGGCGCUCACCCGCGACGGAGGCAUCACCUACUGGAUCCUAGUGGAUCAGGACGCGAAGAGCAAUCCUCUAGAUCCCACGUCCUCCGCCAGGCUGCCGCUCGCCAGCUGUGAGACGCUGAGGAAGAAGGCGCUCGUGUGGCAGGAUGGCAAGACGCAGGAGACGAUCACGCAUGGCAUUGGGAGCGUCUUCUGUGCGCCGCAUCUGAGGGGGAGGAAGUAUGCCCAGAGGAUGAUGCAGGAGCUGGGGAAGGUGUUGCAGACGCAUCAGACGAGCGAGAAGCACGAGUGUUUGUUUUCUAUCUUGUUCUCUGAUAUCGGCAAGAAAUUCUAUGCCGACUACGGUUGGGAGCCUUUCAGUUCUUCGCACAUUUCUAUUCCUGGGGUUCCAUCGCCAUCGGUGGAUCCUACAGGAUUGCCAAAGGCGAAGCCGCUACAUGAGGGCGAUUUGGAGGAGCUUUGCAAGUUGGAUGAGGCUCUGCUCCGCAAGAGCUUCCAAGCGCGGCCAAAGGGCAGUCCUACGGCUGUUGCGUUGCUGCCGGAUAUCGACACCAUCAGGUGGCAUCACGCUCGAGAGAACUUCGUAGGCACUGAACUGCAUGGAAAAGCACCACAGAUUAAAGGUGCGAUGGUGGGAUCUGAGGUAGGCAAGCGCGUGUGGUGCUAUUGGACGCGAAUGUGGUACAACUCAAAUGCGAGCGAGGCCAAGGGGAAUACUCUGCACAUCCUGCGGGUGGUGAUUGAGGAUCAAGAGAGUCAGGCGCCCACCGAGGAGACUGUUGCGGCGUUGGCGUCACUCCUUUCGAUGGCACAGCAUCAGGCAGAGGAAUGGAAGGCAGAGGAGGUUGAGGCAUGGAAUCCUAGCCCUGCGCUGGUGCAAGCUGCUCAACGACUGGACUCAAGUGCGAAACUUAUCCACAGGGACAGGGAGAGCAUAGCCAGCUUGAUGUGGUACCCAGAGCAUGAGGGGCCAAUUAGUGAGAAGAUUGAUUGGGUUGGGAACGAGAAGUAUGGUUGGUGCUGAUGAAUGACCGAACCGCCGGUCGAAAAAGAAAUUGGUA